CUCCAUUGCCCCCCCGGCAGUCUCCUUCCUGGGACUUCUCGAAGCCGUCCGGGUUCAGGCUGGGCACGAUGUAGAUGUCGGUGGAAUUGACUGACUUUAUCCACAGAAUGAAUCUCUGCCUGUGCUUGGCGCUUGGUCCCCUGCUGGUACUGCACCAUGUGGCAGCGGUGCAUCUGGAACUAAAUACCAAGAAUGUAAGUCAUGUUAUGAAGCUUAAUAUUAGUGAAAUGGCAAGCCUGAGAUGUGAAGUUCUUGAUAACACUAGGAAUGAGGAAUUGAUCUGGUACCGGGGAAUACGGCAAGUGGAUGUCUCUAAGAAAAACAAUGUGAAUUCCAGCCAAGUCUGCAUUUUCCCACUAUCUACAGAGGACAAUGGAGUCAGCUUUACAUGCUUGCUAAAGAGGGACAAUACAGUCAAACUAUCCGUCAUGCUGGAUAUCAGAUUUCCUCCCAUCUUGGAAGGAGAGAGCUCUGUGACUGUAGAAGUGGGCAAAAGCGCUCAGCUGACCUGUAUUGUCAAAGCCAACCCUCAAGCAGAGAUGGUCUGGAAAAAAAAUGGUGUUGUAGUAACUAUGGAGAAGUCUCGGUACAGACAAUACCUGGACAGUGAUAAGUUCCAGCUUAACAUCGACAAAGUAGUGGAGACGGAUGGAGGGAUCUACACUUGUGUGGCAGUUGCCACUGACGACAAUACUACAACUACAGAAACAAAAAUGUUUGAGCUACUGGUGGAAGGCAAGAAGGAAGUGCUCCCAGUGGAGGCCAUAGCAGCAGCAGUAGUGGUGGGAGCACUGGUUAUCCUCUUCGGCUUGUUUGCACGGAGAGAGACCUUUUUCAAACCAUGCAUGAAGAAGCGAGAUGACACCUCUCUGUGAGACAUUUAGUACCGGGUGUAGCGGAGAAGACCGCAUUCCCCAUUAACAGUAAUCAGCUUGACCACCAUGAAGAUGUUCUACAGCUUUUCCAGACGUUCGUGGGGCUUUAAUAUGUGAAUAUUUAUGCAAAAACCUAUAUAAACACUAGCCUGAG